AUGGAUAUAACUGUAAUAGAGAAUGCAGCUAAUACCAUCUUGGGUGACCCUAAUGCUUCCAAUGAUGAUCGCAAAAACGCGGAACUUGUUUUUCAUGAGCUUCAAAACGCUUUAACUCUUGACCUAGUUACUCACAUUUUUUCUUCUACAAAGAAUCAAUUUGUGUUAUUCCAAAUAUCAAAGUUUGCCGGUGAACAUGUAUUAAAGCAAUGGCCUUUGUUAACCUCUGAGCAGAUUGAAUCUGUCAAUCAAUAUCUCCUGGAAUAUGUUGUAAACAAUAAGGAUUUACCUACAUUUGUGACAUCUGCUAUACUUCGAUCUGUGGCUAUGAUAAUGAAGCGUGGUUGUUUGGAUAAGAAAGCUGGAACUCAAGAAAAACUUUUGGAAGUGAUCAGAAGCUUGUUAGCCAAUGAAUGUCCAAGAUUACAAUCGAUCGGGUGUGAGUUCGUAUCUGCGCUUACUGAGCAGUUUUCCAGCAACUGGAGAAACUCGGAGUUUUCCAUCACAUGGGAUUUCCAUAUUAAAGCCAAGACAGAGUUUGAGAAGACAGGCCUUCGCUUUCUCCUGGAAAUAUCUCUAGAAACCAUUCAUACCCUCUGCAGUUCUGUCGAAAUUCUGCAGAAUGCUCUUGCUUAUCGCUGGUGCGACAAGUUUCUUGAGGUGGCAGAAAAUAUUUUCUCAUGGAAUUUCUCGGCCAAAUUUUUCCGCAGACUGUUCUCACAAACACAGUCAACCACUGCAUUCCGUCCACCAGGCAGCUGGGGGGACCUUAUCAAAAACGCCGAGUUUUUGAAACUGUUUUUCAAGUUACAUUCCUUGAUUAGAACGGAUGUUACUUUAAGUGCACGUUCUCUGAGUUGUCUUGCACAAUUAGCAGGACUAUCUGGUGAUGUUAUGAACGAAAAAGAAAGAGGAGAUGUGUUCGCACAAAGCUAUGUGAACGACUUUGUUCUUUGUUUCCUCGAAGUUUUUCCUGAUGGGCCAUCACCUCACGAAAUUCACGGUUUCUGUAAUAUUAUUCAACGAAUUAUUUAUUAUCGUCCUAUCCAUUUUAUCAUGCGUUUGCCAGUUGUGGGUGAUUCCGGUGAUCUCAGAACUCGUUUUUUCACUUAUGUGAAUAAGUAUGUUAUCCAUUUAACUAGAGAAGCUUUACAUAAAUCUAUUGGAAACUGUGAGCAUGAAGACAAAGAUUCUCUUUGUCUUCUGUACGAUUCUUGGGUGACACUAUUGCGAGGCAGGUGGCGAAAUUCUCUAUCUCCAGCAGAACAAGAACAUAUUGAAAAUGCUUACUUUUUGAAUCCAACCUUCGAUGUUGUACAAACCUUCCUGCAGUGCACUCAAUCUGCACCACUUGGUAACAGAGCCACUCCAAAAGACGAAGAACAUGAUGAGGAUAACGACGAUCGUACGCUUUAUGAAGGUCUUCUUUCGCCCUUAGGAUUUAUGGCUCAAUAUACCAUUGAAAGCUUUCUAGAAGUUAUCAUUCCAAGCUUCCGCGGACGUGUUCAAGAGCUACAAACUGUCAUGCAAGAUCCAUCCAACACUGCCAGAAUCACUCAGUGGCAUGAUGACAUGCAUUGGUUUAUGCUUGUGCUCGGAAACUCUCUGGUGAUUGAGGAGUCAGACGGUACUUGUUCCCUACCUUGUGAAGUUUAUGAUUAUGUAAGUGAAUACGCAAGACGGCAUGAGAUAAAAUUCGAUGAAGAAGUCAAACAAAAAUACUUAUGCCUCUGCGUGGAACAACCAUUAGCAGAACGUCCGUACGAUAUGAGACAAAUUGAUCCUUUCAUGAUGUUCAUUGGUGAGAUUUUGGGCUGGGCGAGCAUCCAGUAUCAACUUUUACUGUCGGAUGGUACGGAUCAUGUUUUAUCUCCAGAAGUUAUAAGAAGUACACUUAUGUGUACUCGAAGAUACAUAAACGUAAUCAGCAGAAUUCCAGAGGUCACUGUGGACAUCGAUCCUCUGUGCUGCCCUUUCAUUCACAGUUUCGGGCCUUUCAAUGAAGUAUUGGUGAGGUUCUGUUUAGAUAUGGCAUUUAUUGUUCUAAAGAAAUAUCGAGGAGAAGAAGCAGUUUGUAAGGAAGCAGUAGCAUUCUUAUGUUCUUUAAUAGAGUCUAGAGCGAAUGCUCUGGCCGCAGAGCCAGCUCUAUUCAAACAUAUGUCAAACAUUGAUAUUGCCUCUUUAUCAAGCCGAACUAUCCUUAUAAAAGCUCUAGUUCAAAUUGCUGCCGGAGCGAAAGAUUCAGAGCUGCAGCAGUCUAUGUAUGAUUUAAUCCUACAACCCCUAGUCGAAAGAAUGAAGUAUCUGACAAGUCAACCUUCUUCAACAGAAGGUGACAGUUUACUAACUGAUAUAAUACAGUGCUUUGAUGGUGUCGCUCUCGGAGGUGACCACGAGUCAGGACAGAUCUUAGCAAAUGUAUUUCAAGAAAUUCUUCAUCCGCUGUUGAAACAAUGUGUCCCUCUUAUGACUUCACGAUCUCAUUGCGCACCAUUGAUCUCAGCAAUUCUUCAACUGUUACUAGAUACUACCAUUCGUGUAUCUAUAUAUGUUGAUGAUAAAGAAGAAGAAGCUGUACUAUACGAGUCCCUUUUUGAAAUCACGCAAGCCUAUUGCCAAGGGCAGCUUCAUAGGUUUGCUGACUUGAAAAAUGCCGAAGAUGACCAAGCGAACGAUUUGAUCGUUUUCCUUGAUAUACUAAUGAAUGUAAUCUCAAAGGAUCUCUUAAUGGAAAAUGACUCUAUUGGUUGUAAAGUAUCCAUUAUGACUUUGGAAGUUUUACUUAACACUAUGAAUGAUCAAAUGCUCAUGAUACCCGACUUAGCACAAAAGUUUUUCCGCUAUAUCUGCUAUUUGGUUCAGUUUAACCCUGAGGCUCUGAAAGGCUCUUCUGAAUAUUUUUUGAUGGCUAUUUAUAACAUUUUGAAGACUGGGCUCACAAGUAAUUACGGUCACGAAGUCACUUCUCUAUCUAUGGAAGGAAUUUUUGCUCUGUCUCAAUUUAUCUGUACAGAUCACGAAUCGGCACUACCUUUAAAUUUCAAGGAAUCAGUGAACAAUUUACUACCGACUGUUUUCGAACUUUGCCUAGAGUUCAGUGGAGAGACAGCUUUGUUCACUGAUGCAGCUAACGCUCUCUUCGGACUUAUCAGUAUCAACAGACCUUAUUAUGAAGCUUUCGUGAGAAACUUACUGUCUUCCAAGAAGAAUGAAGCAGCAGUUACUCAAUUGAGUGAAGCUUUCAGCAAACUUCUACCUGCAGAUGUUGAUUUCGUAGCUCGUCGUUCGAAGAUUGAGUUCAGAAAGCGAAUGGAAGUAUUCCUGACGGACAUUCAAGGCCUGCUUGUAACUAACUAA